AUGGCUGCUGACAUGCCCCAUAUCAAGCUCAACGACGGCACCACGAUUCCCGCACUGGGAUAUGGUAGCGGCACGAAGUGGUUCCGAGGCGGAAGCGAUGGUUUGAACCGCGACCUCAUCGAUGCGGCGAAGAGUGCGAUUCAAUUGGGAUUCCGCCAUCUCGACGGCGCGGAGAUGUACGGCACAGAAGCAGAAUUGGGCGCUGCUAUCAAGGAAAGUGAGGUACCGAGGGACCAACUCUUUGUGACUACAAAGGUUCAUGACAGCAUUGCGGACAUCCCAAGGGCAAUUGACGAAAGCUUGAAGAAACUGCAGUUGGACUAUGUUGACUUAUAUCUCAUUCAUGCUCCCUUUUUCGCAGACUCUGACGAACAGCUACAAAAAGCCUGGGCAGAAAUGGAAAAGGUCAAGGAAUCUGGCAAAGCACGAUCAAUUGGGGUGUCCAAUUUCCUCCAGAGCCACCUUGAAGCCAUCCUCAAGACCGGCAAGGUGGUGCCGGCCAUCAAUCAGAUUGAAUAUCAUCCAUACCUUCAGCACGGCGGAUUGCUUGAUUUCCACAAGUCCAAGGGUAUCGCAGUCGCUGCGUACGGACCGUUAACCCCGACAAUCAGGGCAAAGGGCGGACCGGUGGAUGGUACCGUCGAGGCGCUGGCCAAAAAAUACAGCACCACCGAAGGCAAUGUUCUGCUGCGAUGGGUGAUUGAUCAGGGCAUCGUCGCAGUGACAACCAGCUCGAAGGAAUCCCGCCUGGCAGGGUAUCUGGGCGCACUCAAAUUUAAACUCACGUCGGAGGAGAUUGAGGAAAUCAAGAAACAGGGCGCCGAAAAGCAUUAUCGAUCAUUCUGGACACGCAUCUACAUCCGGACUUCAAACCGCCGGCGAGUCGACGAGACAACAACUUCACCGGAGCCAUCUAGUUAA